UUUGUACAUGGCAAAUUAUGAUGAUUAUCGACUUUGAUACUACAAUGUAGUUGAUUCCCCAUGGACAUGACAUAAUCUUCGACCUAGCGGUCGACCCAAGGGGUUUAAAAGGAGACCUCCUUGAUCGCCCGUGCCACUUUCUUUUGCAUUUUGUUACUGUCUACUAUCUAAGAUAAUAAUUUUUACCUGCAUGCUAAGAUCAUAAACUGCUUUCUUGGACUUCUGAGGUGGAACCAGCAGUGCUUCACCAUGGCUAGUCCUGAGGCUGGAAGGAAGAAGAAAAUGGUAGAUACCGAUGUGGUGGUCAUAGGAGCUGGAAUAAGUGGUCUGUGUGCUGCCAAGCUCCUCCAUGAGUCAGGUCUGGAUGUACGAGUUCUGGAGGCCAGGGACAGGGUUGGGGGAAGAACCUUCACUGCCAGGGAUCCCAGCUAUGGGUAUGUUGACUUGGGAGGUGCGUAUGUGGGGCCUGGACAGGACAAAAUACUGCGCCUGGUAAAAGAGUUUGACUUGAAACUCUACAAGAUGGAUGAAGAGGGGAAAACAGUGAGUUACAUGAAGGGAGUGCAGCGAGCAGUCACCAACCCCAACGACCCCUCAGCUCUGUCAAACAACCCACUGGAUCUUCUGGAUUUAAACAGCUGUUUUCAAAAACUGGAUGCUUUUGCAAAACAGCUUCCACCUGAUGCUCCAUGGAAUGCACCGAGGGCAGCAGAAUGGGACAGUAUGACAGUCAAGGAGUUCAUGGACAAGGAGUGCUGGACAAGCUUGGCCAGGAAGAUGAUGGGUUUGCUUACGGAGAUCUUUUCUGGUUCUCAACCAGAAGAGAUCUCUUUCCUGUUCUAUCUGACUUCCCUGAAUUCUGCCCAGGGCAUUGAUACUGCAAUGAGUGGAGCACAGGAGAUGAAAUUUGUGGGUGGUUCUAUGCAAGUGAGUGAGAAGAUUGCAGAGUUGCUUGGCAACAGAGUUGUUCUGUCCAGCCCUGUCAUGAGGAUAGAACAGCAGGAGGCAGUUGCCACGGUGACCACACACACUGGGCAGCAGUACAGAGCUAAAUAUGUCAUUAGUGCUGUACCACCAUGCCUUCUGCACGGAAUUUUAUUUGAACCUUCGCUGCCAGCCUUGAAAAUGCAGAUGAUACAGAGGAUGCCAAUGGGAUCUAUGAUCAAGACGGUCACCUACUACGAAACAGCAUUUUGGAAGGAGGAAGGAUUUUCCGGAACGGCACUGUCUGACAAGGGGCCUGUCAAUGGUUGUAUGGAUGACACCAAACCAGAUGGCUCCCAUCCUGCCAUUGUGGGUUUCAUCUCAUCCACACAUGCCAGAGAACUUUGUGAGAUGUCUCCUGAGCAAAGGAAGCAGGCAGUGUGUAAACACUAUGCUGAAAUCUUCCAGUGCCCGGAGUUCCUACAUCCUGUGAACUAUGUAGAACUGGACUGGUCAGCAGAAACCUUUUCUGGGGGCUAUGGCGCCAACUUAGGACCAGGUGUGCUGACCAGCUAUGGCAGGGAGCUCCGCAAGCCAUUUUGUCAGGUGUACUUUGCUGGUACAGAGACGGCUGUGAAGUGGAGUGGGUACAUGGAUGGGGCAGUAGAAGCUGGAGAGAGAGCUGCAAGACAGGUUUUACACGCCAUGGGGAAGAUAUCAGAAGACCAGAUCUGGCAGGAGGAGCCCCCCAGUAUUGACUUCCCGCUCACCCCCACUGAAGCCGAUCCAUUGGGGAAGAUCCUGCCGUCCAUCCCACAGCUCCUGUAUUUCCUGCUGGCCUUUGUUGUGCUGCUGGUUGUGCUGGCUGCUGUUCUGCUUGGGGUCUAUCUGUCGUAAAGAGUGUAAAGAGAGUACAGCUGCAGUAUUGCAAGAGUACAGCAGUACAUGUAUUAGUUUUAGGCCUGAAUGAGGCAACACUGAAAUCUUACUUUUGAACACAGGGUAACACAAAAAUGUUAACACCACAUGUAUAUGUAAAUGCACUAUACAAUUGAUAUGCAUUGUAUGUAUAGAAUAUGUGCACUGGAAGUCCCCCUUAAGGCUCAUUAGAGUCAUUACGUCAUUAAGGUACUCUCCAGUAUAAAAGAAAGUGCAAUGCUUUGUGUAAAGUUUUAUUUUUAUCUACGUAUAUUAAGCAGACUGGACUUAGUCCUAGCAUGCAGCCAGACAAGAUAAUGAUGAUAAUUCAGCAAUGUAACGUAAAUAUUGACUUUAUGCUUUAAGAUGAUCUGAUGCUAGAAGAAUCUACUAGAUAGAUUGUUUGAGAUUGCAUAUCAAUAUAAUGAUUGGAUUCAGCUUGUUUUUAUCAUAUAGUGUCAUGUACCUGACAUUAAAUGGUCAACCAUUCCAUGGCUAUCAGCUAUUCAACUAAAUAUAUUGCUUAAUAUAUAUUUUGUAGGGUGACAGAUUUAUAAUCAUCAAGUUUGAAAUCAAAUUGCUGGUCAAUCAUGGACUUUGAAAUUACAUGGUUGUUUUGUACCAU